GCCCUCGCUCUGCGGGUCUACGCGCUGGACUCCGAGACGCCCGCCGCUGGCUGCACCUUCGAGGAGGACGAUGACCCCAACCAGUGCGAGUACAGCCAGGGCGAGGACGAUGACUUCGACUGGGAGCUCCUCCGCAGUUACUUGGUGCCUCACCUGACGCCUGACCUGCCCCACGGCUCCUACCUGAUGGUGAACUCCUCUCAGCACACCCCGGGCCAGAAAGCUCACCUGCUCUUGCAGGCCCUGAGUGAGAAUGACACGCACUGCCUCCAGUUCAGCUAUUUCAUGUUCAGCCAGGACGGUCACAGCCCCGGCACCCUGAAUGCCUACGUGCGGGUCACCGGGGGCCUGGUGGGCAGCGCCGUGUGGAACGCRUCGGGCUCACACGGCCGCCAGUGGCACCAGGCCGAGCUGGCYGUCAGCCUCUUCUGGCCCAGCGAGUACCAGGUGCUCUUCGAGGCGGUGGUUUCCAGCGAGCGCAGGGGGUACCUGGGCCUGGAUGACAUUUUGCUCCUGAAUUAUCCGUGCUCGAAAGCGCCUCAUUUCUCCCGCCUGGGCGAUGUGGAGGUGAAUGCAGGACAAAAUGCCACUUUCCAGUGCGUGGCCGCUGGCAGGGCCGCCGAGGCUGAACGCUUCCUCAUGCAGAGGCAGAGUGGCAAGAUGGUCCCCGCUGCCUCGGUGAAGCACAUCAGCCACCGGCGCUUCCUGGCCACGUUCCAGCUGGACACGGUGUCCAAGGCAGAGCAGGACCUGUACCGGUGUGUCACCCAGUCCCCCCGCGGCGCUGGCGUCUCCAACUUCGCCGAGCUGAUUGUCAAAGAGCCCCCCACCCCCAUUGCCCCUCCCCAGCUGCUCCGGGCUGGCUCCACCUACCUCAUCAUCCAGCUCAACACCAACUCCAUCAUCGGCGACGGCCCCAUCGUGCGCAAGGAGAUCGAGUACCGCAUGACCUCGGGGCCCUGGUCCGAGGUGCACGCUGUCAACAUGCAGACCUACAAGCUGUGGCACCUGGACCCCGACACAGAGUACGAGAUCAGCGUCCUGCUCACCCGGCCUGGCGAGGGGGGCACGGGCAAACCRGGGCCGCCCCUCAUCAGCCGCACCAAGUGCGCAGAGCCCAUGAGGGCCCCCAAAGGCCUGGCUUUCUCCGAGAUCCAGUCCAGGCAGCUGACGCUGCAGUGGGAACCGCUGGGCUACAACCUGACCCGCUGCCACACCUACACCGUGUCCCUGUGCUACCGCUACUUCGUGGGCAGCGGCCACAACCAGACCUUCCAGGAGUGUGUGAAGAUGGAGCGCAAYGCCAACCACUACACCAUCAAAAACCUGCUGCCCUACAAGAACAUCCACGUCAAGCUCAUCCUCUCCAACCCCGAGGGGCGCAAGGAGGGCAAGGAGGUGAUAUUCCAGACAGAUGAGGAUGUGCCUGGCGGCAUCGCCUCCGAGUCCCUCACCUUCACCCCGCUGGAGGACAUGAUAUUCCUGAAGUGGGAGGARCCGGUGGAGCCCAAUGGCCUCAUCACACAGUAUGAGAUCAGCUACCAGAGCAUCGAGUCCUCAGACCCAGCAGUGAACGUGCCGGGCCCGCGGCGCACGGUGUCCAAGCUGCGCAACGAGACGUACCAUGUGUUCUCCAACCUGCACCCCGGCACCACCUACCUGUUCUCAGUGCGCGCCCGCACCGGCAAGGGCUUCGGCCAGACRGCGCUCACCGAGAUCACCACCAACAUCUCCGCUCCCACCUUCGACUACGGGGACAUGCCAUCGCCCCUGAGCGAGUCAGAGAGCACCAUCACGGUCCUGCUGCGGCCGGCGCAGGGCAGAGGGGCUCCCAUCAGCACCUACCAGGUGAUCGUGGAGGAGGACCGGCCCAAGAAGCUGAAGCGGGAGCUGGGAGGGCAGGAGUGCUUCCCGGUGCCGCUCACCUUCGACGAYGCCGUGUCCCGCGGCUCCGUGCACUACUUUGGGGCAGAGCUGCCUGCCAGCAGCCUCACCGAGGCCAAGCCCUUCACCGUGGGGGACAACCAGACCUACAGCGGCUACUGGAACCCACCCCUGGAGCCCAAGAAGGCCUAUCUCAUCUACUUCCAAGCCAUGAGCAACCUGAAAGGGGAAACGCGGCUGAACUGUGUCCGGAUCGCUCGCAAAGCUGCCUGCAAAGAGAGCAAGCGUCCCCUGGAGGUGUCCCAGCACUCGGAGGAGAUGGGCCUGAUCCUGGGSAUCUGUGCUGGGGGGCUGAUCGUCCUGAUUAUCCUGCUGGGAGCCAUCAUCAUCGCCAUUCGGAAAGGGAAACCCGUGAACAUGACYAAAGCCACCAUAAACUACCGGCACGAGAAGACACACAUGAUGAACGCCAUCGACAGGAGCUUCACUGACCAGAGCACCCUGCAGGAGGACGAGCGCCUGGGGCUGUCCUUCAUGGACACCCAUGGCUAUGGCAACAGAGGUGACCAGCGCAGCAGUGUGGUCAAYGAGUCCAGCAGCCUCCUGGGGGGCUCCCCCCGGCGCCAGUGCGGCCGCAAGGGCUCCCCGUACCACACGGGGCAGCUGCACCCGGCCGUGCGYGUGGCCGACCUCCUGCAGCACAUCAACCAGAUGAAGACAGCCGAAGGCUAUGGCUUCAAGCAGGAGUAUGAGAGCUUCUUUGAAGGCUGGGAUGCAUCGAAGAAGAAGGAUAAGACCAAAGGGAGACAGGAUCACGUGUCCACAUAUGACCGUCACCGUGUGAAGCUGCACCCGCUGCUGGGUGACCCCAACUCUGACUACAUCAACGCCAACUACAUCGACGGCUACCACAGGUCCAACCACUUCAUAGCCACGCAAGGGCCCAAGCAGGAGAUGGUGUAUGACUUCUGGCGCAUGGUGUGGCAGGAGCACUGCUCCAGCAUCGUGAUGAUCACCAAGCUGGUGGAGGUGGGCCGGGUGAAAUGCUCCAAGUACUGGCCAGAUGACUCUGAGAUGUACGGGGACAUCAAAAUCACGCUGGUGGAGUCGGAGACGUUGGCAGAGUACGCCGUGCGCACCUUCGCCCUCGAGAGGCGGGGUUACUCAGCGCGGCACGAGGUGAAGCAGUUCCACUUCAUGUCGUGGCCYGAGCACGGUGUCCCCUACCACGCCACGGGGCUGCUGGCCUUCAUCCGCCGCGUGAAGGCGUCCACGCCGCCCGACGCCGGCCCCAUCGUCAUUCACUGCAGCGCUGGCACAGGCAGGACUGGCUGUUACAUCGUCCUGGAUGUGAUGCUGGACAUGGCCGAGUGCGAGGGUGUCGUGGACAUCUACAACUGCGUGAAGACCCUGUGYUCCCGGAGGAUCAACAUGAUCCAGACAGAGGAGCAGUACAUCUUCAUCCAUGACGCCAUCCUGGAGGCCUGUCUGUGUGGGGAGACCAGCAUCCCUGCCAGUGAGUUCAAGCCCACCUACAAGGAGAUGGUGAGGAUAGAGCCCCAGAGCAACUCCUCGCAGCUGCGGGAGGAGUUCCAGACCCUGAACUCGGUGACACCACACCUGGAUGUGGAGGAGUGCAGCAUCGCGCUCCUGCCCCGCAACCGCGAGCGCAACCGCAGCAUGGACGUGCUGCCGCCCGACCGAUGCCUUCCCUUCCUCAUCUCCGUGGAUGGAGACAGCAACAACUACAUCAACGCGGCCUUAACUGAUAGCUACACCAAGAGCGCUGCCUUCAUCGUUACCCUGCACCCUCUGCAGAACACCACCACUGACUUCUGGCGGCUGGUGUACGACUAUGGCUGCACCUCCAUCGUCAUGCUCAACCAGCUCAACCAGUCCAACUCUGCCUGGCCCUGCCUGCAGUACUGGCCCGAGCCGGGGCUGCAGCAGUAYGGCCCCAUGGAGGUGGAAUACAUCUCGGGAGUGGCAGAUGAGGACAUCGUGUCCCGGCUCUUCCGAGUCCAGAACAUCACACGGUUGCAGGAGGGGCACCUGAUGGUCCGGCAUUUCCAGUACCUGCGCUGGUCGGCCUAUCGAGACACCCCAGACUCCAAAAAGUCCUUCCUGCACCUCCUGGCRCAGGUGGAGAGGUGGCAGAAGGAAAGCGGUGAUGGCAGGACGGUGGUGCACUGCCUGAACGGAGGUGGCCGSAGCGGCACCUUCUGUGCCUCCACCAUGAUCCUGGAGAUGAUCAAGUGUCACAACAUGGCAGAUGUUUUCUUCGCUGCUAAGACCCUCCGCAACUACAAACCAAAUAUGGUGGAGACCUUGGAGCAGUACCAUUUCUGCUAYGACAUUGCACUGGAAUACCUGGAGUCCCUGGAGAGCAGAUAGCACCUGGCCACGCCAGGGGCUGGUGCAGGGGCCGUGCUGCCACCGGGACAUGGGGAGGGAAACGGCCACGGAGCCACAGGGAAACCCUUYGGAUCCAGGAAACGACAGGACCUGGGGAUGUGUUGGCCACUCUCCAUCUUCAUCCUCCACUCUCCCUCUUUCCUCCCUGCCCUGGCUGUGUCUGAGUGGCCACGUGUGGAUCCCACAGCUCAUCCUGCUCCUUGGAAUCCUGUGCAGGGUGUGACCCUGCGCUGCUGGUGGGGUUCUGAAACAGCUGCAGAGGAGCCAGAGGGGCCGAGGCUGUGUCCCAGCAGGGCAGGAUGGAUCCUGGAGGUGUYGUUCUUUUGUGUGUGGAAUUGAAGCUGCUCCUCGAGGAACCUGGAGGCUGCCGGAGGCUUUCCCUCGGUGUGACUUGCUCUGAGCCGGAGCAAAGACCCCCAGGAGCACUUGAGUUUCUGCCCCUUCACGCCAUGAGUUUGAUCCUGGCUUGUUUUGGUUCUGUGAGUUGUGACCCACURUGUGUCCAGCCCUGGACAGCCAGGGAGGGGGGAGGGCAGGGGUGGGGGGCACUGGCCAUGCAAUGUCCCUUUGCAGGGACCAACCCAAACCCUCCUGGUGCUUCUGCAGAGCUUUUGAGGGGAUGGUUCCCCAGCAUCUCCAUSCCUCCUUCUCCAUCUGAAGCAGUGAAUUCCUCCUGAUGUCCCAAAGGCACCGGUCCUUGGGUUUGUUUUUAACCCUUYCCUUGUGCAUCACUGCAUUUGAAGSAAAAUUCUCAAAAUUUGGGUCCAKGGCAGAUACUUCCUGGAUGCUGCCCCCGGGCAGUUGAUUCUCUUGGCUUUUGCUGGGCCUGGUGGGGCAGGAGGGUUGGUUUGGGGUGGUGUUGGUUGGGGCUGAGCUGUGCCAGGGCCUUGGCCAUGUGCUGGGGCUGGACAGGCAAGGUCCCACACUCCUGUGCCACCAGGGCUGCCCRCUGCAGGUACCUGAUGCUUUUUAGCUCCAUCCUGCUGCAGGUGGGUGUGAAAUGGCACUUUUUCCAUCUGAUGUUAUGGUAAUURACAGGGAUUCUGCUCUCAGCCUGGUUGUAAUAAAGUAAAUAGCCUUGGGMAGGUUCAGCCAGAGGGAUCCAGGUAUGGGUGUUCCAGCACCAUCCCAGACCUUGGCUCUCUCACCUGCUCCCUGAGGAAUUCACAGCCUGACAAGAACUUAUUCCAAGGGCUAUUUGACAUCAUUCCUUCUCUCCAUC